GUUUGAUGACUGGUACCUGUGGGUCCAGAUGCACAAAGGAACCGUCUCCAUGCCAGUUUUCCAGUCUCUGGAGGCCUUCUGGCCCGGCCUGCAGUCUCUCCUGGGGAACUUGGACAGCGCAGUGAGAACCUUCCAGAACUAUUACUCUGUGUGGAGACAGUUUGGAGGUCUGCCGGAGUUUUACAGCAUCCCUCAGGGUUACACUGUGGAGAGAGAGGGAUACCCACUGAGGCCAGGUGUUACGCCUCAGACACAGGGAAGGAAGACUCAUACGCACGACUCCGGACACAAUGGGGCUGUUCUGGUCCUCACUCUUCCUCUCCGACAUGAAGUUGCCGCCCUGAGAAGAUGACCACUUCCUUCUACAACAGCAGCAGCAGUCAGUGAAACACAAAACUUAGACACAACUUUCCUCCAGCUGCUGGUCCAGCUGCUGGUCCAGCUGAUCGUCCAGCUGUUCGUCCAGCUGCUGGUCC